GUUUGGUGUUGUUGUUUUCAAUUUUCAUUAUCAAUUCUCUAUUCAAUUUGCUAAGUUAAAGUGUUAAAUGUUUGCUUUAUAGUUCAUAAAGUGCAUUAAGCAAUUUAUAAUCAUGACGACAAAUCCGAGGAAGGGCACCGACCCGGGGCCCUUCGAAGAAAGUGAUCAGCUUGUGAUCAGCUUACAAUUCGACCAUUGGGAGCCGGCCAGGAAGUCGGAAGAUCAUGUAUUAUGCUGGAAUUCAAAGGAAAGAAAAUUAUGUUGGACUGUGGUAUCCACCCGGGGCUAUCAGGCAUGGAUGCUCUGCCAUUUGUGGAUCUGAUAGAGGCAGAUGAGGUUGACCUCCUACUGAUUUCACAUUUCCACCUGGACCACAGUGGAGCCCUGCCUUGGUUCCUCACUAAAACAUCGUUCAAAGGCCGGGUGUUCAUGACGCACGCGACCAAGGCCAUCUACCGCUGGCUAGUCUCCGACUACAUCAAAGUCAGCAACAUAUCAACGGAGCAGAUGCUGUACACGGAGUCGGACCUGGAGGGCUCCAUGGACCGCAUCGAGACGGUGAACUUCCACGAGGAGAAAGACGUGCGCGGCGUGCGCUUCUGGGCGUACAACGCGGGCCACGUGCUGGGCGCCGCCAUGUUCAUGAUCGAGAUCGCGGGGGUCAAGGUGUUGUACACGGGAGACUUCUCGCGGCAGGAGGACAGACAUCUGAUGGCAGCUGAGAUUCCGACUGUGCAUCCAGAUGUACUUAUUACUGAAUCCACGUACGGCACCCACAUCCACGAGAAGCGCGAGGAACGCGAGAGCCGCUUCACCGGCCUCGUGCAGGACAUCGUGACGCGCGGCGGCCGCUGCCUAGUGCCCGUGUUCGCGCUCGGACGGGCGCAGGAGUUACUGCUCAUUCUAGACGAAUACUGGUCCCUUCACCCCGAGCUUCAAGAUGUGCCGAUCUACUACGCUUCAUCUCUGGCCAAGAAAUGUAUGGCUGUCUAUCAAACAUAUGUGAACGCCAUGAACGACCGCAUUCGGAGACAGAUCGCCGUCAACAACCCCUUCGUGUUCCGACACAUCUCCAACCUCAAGGGCAUCGACCACUUCGAGGAUAUCGGUCCGUGCGUGAUAAUGGCGUCGCCCGGCAUGAUGCAGUCGGGGCUGUCGCGGGAACUGUUCGAAUCCUGGUGCACCGACCCCAAGAAUGGAGUCAUCAUUGCCGGUUACUGUGUCGAAGGUACGCUGGCCAAGACCAUCCUCUCGGAGCCGGAAGAAGUAACAUCCAUGUCAGGCCAGAAGCUGCCACUACGGAUGUCGGUCGAUUACAUCUCCUUUUCCGCCCACACCGACUAUCAGCAGACCUCAGAAUUUAUCAACAUACUAAAACCACCACAUGUCGUGCUAGUCCAUGGCGAGCAAAACGAGAUGUCGCGUCUAAAGGCCGCUCUACAGCGAGAGCAUCGCGGCGCGCUUCAUGUACACACACCGCGCAACACACAACAACUAUCGCUCACGUUCAGAGGGGACAAGACUGCGAAGGUGAUGGGGUCUCUGGCGGUGGAGCCCCCCGAAGAAGGGAAACAACUUCAAGGCGUAUUGGUCAAGCGGAACUUCAACUACCACAUACUGGCGCCGCAGGACCUCAAUAAAUACACGGAGCUAACGCAAUCCGAAGUGUCCCAACGACAGUCCAUCCACUACGCCGGCUCGCUGCCGCUUCUGCGGCAUGUGGUCGUGCAGGUAGCCGGCAACGUGGAGUUCUUGACUGAGACCAAGUGGCGGUUGUACCAGUGCGUCGAGCUCACCGUCGAUAAUGGCAUGAUCACGCUCGAGUGGCAAGCGUCGCCGGUGUCGGACAUGUACGCGGACGCACUGGUGGCGGCCAUCUUGUCGGCCUCCUCCCUCCCCACCCCGCGGGCGCUGCCGCUCGCGCCCAAGCUGGAUCGCAUGCACUUCAAGGAGUGUGUGAUCGAGAUGCUGCAGGAGAUGUUCGGCGAGAACUCCGUGCCCAAGAUGUUCAAGGGCGAUAAACUGCACGUGGACGUGGCCGGCAAACGUGCCGAGAUUGACUUAGCACACAUGGAGGUGUCGUGCCCCUCUGACGAGAACGUCGAGCGCUGCGUGCAGGCCGCCGUCGGCAAGCUGUACAGCGCGCUCGCGCCCGCGCGCCCCCCGCCCCCCGCGCCCGCCGCCGUGUGAGCGGGGAGCGGGGGAGGGGGGCUCGCCGGGCCCCGUCAGCACCGCACCGCACGAAUAACUGUACUCGACCCACCGCCGCGCCGGCGCCGGCCCGCCCCGAGACUACCCUAUAUCAUUGCUUUUUAAAACCUAACAAAGUGCAGUUAUCUAGGAAAAUUGUAUAGGUACAGUCGAAGGCAAAAAUAUCGACCCAGACGAAUGGCUCAAAAAUAUGUGUACACGACUUUAUUGUCUACGGUGUAAGAUCGUACACAUAUUUUUGAAAUUUUGGGAAUGAUGUAUAUUAAUUACCACUGCUCUUGACUGUACCGAUAUACAGGUAGAAAAAAAUAAUGAGCCCAGGGGAAAAAACGCCUUAAAACCUUAAGUUAGCUCACUUUACUUGAAACUAUUUUAUUUAAAAAAAAAACCAAAAUUGCACUCUUAGAUUUGUCAUUUUUCUUUUAUUUUGUCUAAAAAAAUUCUUGAGGAAGUCCCAAAUAUUCGAUUUUAUGAAUAUUUUGUACGAAGGACAAAUGUGAAACCUAAUGUUUCUCGGAGAAAUGUUAUCCAUUAACAUUACCUGUAUCGACUAGUACAAUAAAACAGAUGGUGUUUAUUUACUUUUUGAAAAUUUUAGUCGAAUUUUAGUCUCGGGCGAGACGAGCGAAUUAAAAAAAAUCUUUGAAUGCAGUUUUAUUCUUUUUACAACUAAAACAAAAUAAGCCAACUUAAGGUUUUAAGAAACUAUCCCUCCGGAGCCCAUAAUUUUUUUCCACACUGUAUAUUAUUAGUUGGUCAAGCCGUGAUUUCCGUAUAAUAAUUUAUACUACUAACAAUAAAAUCAAACCUUCAUACUUAUUAUAUAAAAUGAAAUAAACUUCAAAUAUUAUUUAUAUUUUUUUACCACACAAAAGUUGGAAAUCAUUGUUUUACAAUAAAUCUUCUUAAAAUUCAAGAGGCGAAGUUACAAAACCACUUUGUCUCAUCGAAUUUUAAAACCUAAUUAUACAUAUAGCGUUGCACACAAUAUUUUUUCUAAAACAGCAGCAAACACGUAAAAUGAUAACAAAAUUAAAGAAAAUAUUAUUUUGUAAAUCUUUGCCUAGAAUGUAACAUUAAAAAAAUGCAAGGGUUAUAUAAUAUUGUAUAAAUUCUCAUAAUAAUACUGUAGAGUUGGGCAAAAAUUAUCUAUUUACGAAUAACCGGAAAGAUAACUAAAUCAUCUUUUAUUUGAAAUAACUAAAUAAUCCAUCAUUUGUUAUAUUAUAAAUUAGUUGGGAUUUUAAAUGAAAGAUGAAUGUCAGUAGUACAGUGUCAGUGUGACUGUUUGAACCGACGUGACAUUCUUUAAAUUUAUUAUUAGAAGCUUACUUCAAUAACAAACGAGGCCAGUUAUCUUCAUCUAGAUAAUUUAUAAAAAAGUUGUCAACGCACUAUUUGUGAUUGAAUUUAUCUUCGAAUAAAUUUAUUUGAAAUAAUCAUCUAGAUAAGAAAUUAUCUAGUUAAUGCCCAACUCUGUAACACUGUCAUUAGCCAUAGCCAUCCCACGCCCUCCCUCCCUCGCCGCGCUUCCAAUGAAGUUGACUGGCAGUCAUUUAAUUGGCAAAUAAAAGUACUGGGUGCGUAGCCAACGUACCAAUCGUUUACACUCCGUAGCGAACGGAAUGCAACUGGCCCGGCCGCGAGGAGUGAUAGAGAGAGAUGACUACGCUACGCCACGGAGUGUUCACGAUUGGCACGUUGGCUAGGCACCCAGGAGUUGAAUUUUUUUUAUGUCAUACCUUUGCAUUUAAAAAAUAAAAUACAAUACGUAGAGAUACAAAUUAAUUGUAUUAUAAAAAAUCGGCAAAGUGCGAGUCGGACUCGCGCACCGAGGGUUCCGUACUUUUUAGUAUUUGUUGUUUUGGCGGCAACAUAACGUGAAAAUUUCAACUUUGUUUUGGCGGCAACAGAAGUACAUCAUCUGUGAAAAUUUCAACUGCCUAGCUAUCAAGGUUCAUAAGAUACAGCCUGGUGACAGACGGACAGACAGACAGCGGA